CUGCAGUGUCGCCUCUCGCUCUCCAGCCGGUUGAUAGAGCGCGUCAUGGUUCGCAGCACGCUCAUCGCACGCGCAACAGACGGUCUGCCGCUCGCAGCGAGCAAUGACGACGACGAGCAGGACCAGAGCAAGCUCCCUGAGUACAAGCAGCAGGCCAAGCUCAUCUUUCGACGGUUGACGGCCGACUCGGAGCCGCGGUGCUCGAUCGAGAGCGGGCAGUGCACGCUCCACUACCUCAUCGCCGACUCGAUCGUCUACCUCGUCAUCGCCGACCGCUCGUACCCGCGCAAGCUCGCCUUCUCGUACCUUGCCGAGCUCAGCACAGAGUUCGCGCGCUCGUACCCGCCCUCGAUGUCGCUCAAGCCGGGCCUGCGCCCGUACGCCUUUGUCAAGUUUGACACGUUCAUCCAGCGCACCAAGCGCCUGUACCUCGACCCGCGCGGCGCCGAGGCGAGCGGCAAAGGAGGACCGGGCGCGGCGGGCACGGGCGCCUCGGCCGGGCUCGAUCAGCUCAACGAGGACUUGCAGGACGUGACGCGCAUCAUGACCAAGAACAUGGAGGACCUGCUGUGGCGCGGCGACUCGCUCGACCGCAUGAGCACCAUGAGCUCGAGCUUGAGGGACGAGUCGCUCAAGUACCGCAAGGCGGCGCGCAAAAUCAACAUCGACGCCGCCAUCCGCAAGUGGGCACCCGUCGGCCUCGGCGCCCUCUUCUUCUUCGUGUUCAUCUACUAUCGCUUCUGGUAAAGAAGCGUCAGUCGCCCUCCCCUUCUCGCUCCUCCCUUUCGCCACCUCUUUGUCUUUCUCCCUCCUCGUCGUACCCUGUAAACACACUGCAGCUGCACAUAUCUCUCCUGCCUCUC